AUGGAGAAGCUGCAGUGCCCUCUAGACACCAAGCUACAGCUGGUGCCAUUGCUGGGCCACAUGUUCCACACCCCGGCCAUGGCCUCUGAGGCACGCGCAGUACUGACAUCACUCUCGGAGACAUACCCUACGCGUGACUUUGUGCUGAGUAUAUUGAUCACACUGACUCGCCUGACACUGAGGUCUCUGGUGGACACUCAUGCGCAGAUGGAGCUGCUGACCACGCACCUUCGAGUGG